AUGAGCAGGCUAUUUGAUAUCGAAUCGUCCCUAUCAGACUUGACAGCGUCUCAGGCUCUAGGAAGGGUGAUCGAGGAGAUCUAUCACAACAGCUCCAACACCCCUCAAGAUAUCUUACCUCUCAUACAACUCGGUCUGGCUCGAGCACAAUCUAAUCUACUUCAAGUCGAAGAGGAUCUUCGUUCUUCUUCAGAGAGCUUCGGUGGGAACUGGAAUCAAGCAGAUGUGGAACAAGUCAAGAGAGUUUUGAACGAGAAAGGACAUGAGGAGAUAUUGAGGAAUGCGGUCAUUCUUGAUGAUCUCCGACGACGAUUAGAGACAUGGUGUGUUAUCUAUCCCACCUACACGCAAUUCGAGGACCCGAUGGACAAUGAAGAGAAGGCGUCCGUAGCGAGAAAUGAUCAGGAUGAAGGAAUGGAGAUUGAAGAUCCUUGGGCUGAACCUGGAGAUGAGAAGGACGUUCAGGAAGAUGUCGCAGUUGACGAUCCUUGGGAAACUGGUUCGAGUCACUCUCUCGAACAAGACAAGCCAUCAAGACUACCAGAACGUUCCGAAUCGAUGGAAGAUAUUCUUGAAUUGCCAAACAUAGAUCUUCAUUCCUUCCUGACAACUCCCCUCAUCACCUCGGCAUUGUCUCUAGCUACUGCAGGUUCCAUAAGGACUCACAAAACUGUAUGUGAACGACAUCCCGAAUUAUGGCCAUUCCGUUUCACUCUGAUAUCAUCUAUACCAGCUUGGGUCCCUCCUGCCGAACUUCAAGCCAGCGGUCUUCUCCCUGGUAUCGGACCAGAUAAUAUAGAAUUACCAUGGCCAUCUCCCUCCCAGUCGCAUACUCCUUCUGGCUCGUCAACGUCAUUCUCGGAAGUCCUUCGUAAUGUUUACCCACCGUGGCAACCUUCAGAAGAUAUAGUAAAAUAUGCCCGACCACUAUCAGCGGAACAACUUUCUCAAUGGUAUGUCCAACGUAUAGACACUUUGGAUAACUUCGGUUUACUCGAUAUUCAACUAGCUUGGGUUCAACAUGGUGCUUCACUCUCCGUUCCCUCUUUAGACGCUUUGGGCGAGGAUUUAUCUUUAUUAUCUCGAUUAAUAUAUGACUCUCACCUUUCUCCCGCACAACAAGCCCAAUGGAAUUUAAAGACUUGGCGUUCUUCCAAUGAAUCUGAAAUCGUCACAGCUUAUCUGUCCAAUUCGACACCAUUGACAAUUGUCAACGAUAUCAAAUCUUUGAUUCUACCAUAUCUUUAUGUAUUAGAUAGUAGAGCAGAAAGAUCAGGUCAUCCUGAUUCCAAACUGGUCGAAAGACAACUACACGAUGCCAUUCUGUCCUUAUCACUACCACUUGUUCUUCCCAUAUUCGAAGCGUCAAAAGCUACACUCUCUUCACAAGAACGGUUAAUCAAGAACGAUCUUACUGUCGCUAGACUCGCCCUGGCAUGUCUGUAUGGUAGUCAACUCAAAAAUUCAUUCACCGUCAUGUCCGCGAUAUUCGAAUGUUUACCAGUAUGGGAUAUCUCAAAUUCAGACCCUGAUGAUAAAGAAGCGACCGCGACUACGUUGGAAAGUAUAGCUACUUUUGUACGUCCUUCCAAAGUUGGUGAUGCACCACCUAGUGCGAAAGACUUGUAUCUGUUCUUUAAACCAUUACCUUUUGCCUCACUUUCCGCCGCGUUAGACAUUUUGGAUGUGCAUCUGGAAAGUGGGGAGGUUUUAGCGAGAUGGGGAGUUCAAGUUCAUUUGAGAGAUUUGUUACAGAGUGCUGGAGAUAAAGGAGAGCAGAGGAGUUUGGCAGAAAGGUUGGUGAGACGUCAAAUGGGAAAGGGUCUGGGAAUGACGGAAUGGGAACAGGUUUGGGCGGAUAUGAAAAGACUUGGGCCGAAGGAUGGGAACGAGGGAGGAGGGGGAUUGAAAGGAGCUUUUGGGUUGUUAAAGAUGGAAGAGUUGGUGAGGGUUUACCUGGGUGGGGUGUUGGGUUCGGGGAAAUUUGACAUCGCUCGCAAGAUCGUCCGCAAGUUGGAACAAGAGCACAACCUCUCGUCUCAUAUUCUGGAAGAAACCGUGUUGACAGUUUCGAGGGAAUUUUAUGAAAAUGCAGAAAGUGGGAAUCUUACUACGGGAAAUAUGAAAUUAGCAUAUGAUUGUUUAUCAGUGACACCCACUACACCAAAGAUCCAAUCUCAACGUUCUUUCAUCGAAGCAACUUCUAAACUAUGUUCUUUCUAUCCUUUCCCGCCACUUACAAUAUUACAUUCCUCUGAUAGACUUUCUUUCAUUUCGCAGAUCCUUUCACCUCCUUCCACAUCGCCUUCUACAUCUUUGUAUGUUCAAAACGGUCUAUCGACAGCUACACAAUCUAAUAACUCUCCAUAUGCUCAUUCUGGACUCUCCUCGUUUCCUCAUUCAUCACCUAAACCUCAAUCUUCUGCGGUACAUCACCCGGAGAUAAUCUUAGAUUUAGUUGACAAACUGGGUUACGCAGGGGAUGUGAUAGCUCGAGCUCAAGUUUUGGGCAUGUUGACUCGAGCGGCAAUACGUGAAAAGGAAUAUGAUCUCGCAUGGGAACAUUGUGAAACAUUGAUUGAUUUAACUCACCGGUAUCCUUCUUCACGUUCAUAUCAUCAUUCACGAUCUCAAAAAAAAUCACAUGAUCAUCGUUCUGUUUCUCCAUCACGUUCCCCUAAUUUAUCGGAAACACAAUCGUCGAAGAUCAACUCAUCUCUUUCUCCUUAUACCAAAUCACCAGGCUCGUCUCGACAUGUACAAAACGCCAGAACACCUCAGAUAGAAGAACAGAUGUCUUCACAUGAUAAGAGAAGCAAGAACGGAUCAAAGAAGAGACAAAAUGGUUAUGACGAUAUAAAAGAAGUAUGUUGGAAGACCUGUUUUGAACUAUCGAAAGUUUCCCCAAUGGUGGAAAAACGUGUAGUACUCUUAGGUCGGACAUUAGAAUUUUGUCCUUCUGAACAAAUCGUACAAGUGUUGGAAUUAUGGAAAGAAGUUGAGAAAUCCUUUUUGUCAACUCAUAAAGCCACCAUGGACCAAGAUGAUACGUCAACAAGGUCGACCCUCAAAACAAGUUCUGACAGUCGUACAAGAUUUGGAAAAGGAUACACCACCUCUUCUCAGGCAACGACAAUCUCGAAAGAUGAAUUCCGAAAUGAAGUCGAGGAAAGGGGGAGUAGAGGAAGAAUCAAAAACGUUCAUACGGCAUUAGACGCAUUGAAACAUCUUCCAACACCAUUCUCUUCACCUACUUUCGUCUUACCUUGGAACAGUCCAAAACCAAGUUUGGAGAGAGACAUCAUGGCUAGAAUAGGUGGGGACGAUAUGGAUCGUACUGGUUCUGGUCAUUCUCAAACCAACUCGGAAGGUCAUAAUCAUUCUCAAACCGACUCGGAAGGUCAUAAUCUUGAAAUUGGAGUUGGAAGUAAAGUGGGAGGUAGAGUAGGGAUAGAUGAGAAAGAAGGGAUGGAUGAUGGUGAUGGGAUAGGUUUAGGAAUGAAGUUAGGUCAUGUUUUCGGAGAAGAGAGUGAUGCGGAAAGAGUACAAAGACAUGCGAAAAGGGCUUUGGUCAAAGGUGUCGGAUGGUUAUUAGGUGCAGAUGAGUGA